CAUCUCCCUCUUUCCAUUAAAUUUUUUGUUUCAUUUCCAAACCUACACAAUGGAAAACCAUCAAGUUGAGGUGAAAAUCCCAGAAAUAAUGCUGAAUUCUGGUCACAAAAUGCCAGUGAUUGGGUUUGGAUGCGCUAUUCUACCUCCUCUACCACAAGAGGAAGAGGUAACAAUAUUCAUACAAGCCAUGGAGAAUGGUUACCGGCACUUUGAUACUGCGUCGUAUUAUGGCUCGGAGGAGGCUCUUGGUGAAGCCAUAGCUAAAGCCUUGGAGAUUGGAUUGAUUAAGGAUAGGGAUGAAUUGUUCAUCACCUCUAAACUUUGGGUUACCGACACUCACUAUGACCUUGUUCUUCCGGCCAUCAAAACCACUCUCAGUAAAUUGAGGCUGGAUUAUUUGGACCUUUACUUGGUUCACUGGCCAGUGCGAGUGAAGCGUGAUGCCAACGUGAACCAUCUCUUAGAAGGCGAAGUUCUGCCCUUUGAUAUGCAUGGAACUUGGAAGGCCAUGGAAGAAUGCUGCGAAUUGGGAUUGACCAAAUCCAUAGGUUUGAGCAACUUCACUUGUGAAAAAAUCUCAAAGCUCUUACAAAAUGCCACCAUCCAACCAGCUAUUAAUCAGGUUGCUUUGAGAUGGAUAUAUGAACAAGGGGCAAGUCUCGUUGUGAAGAGCACGAACAAGGAGAGAAUGAAGCAAAACCUCAAAAUAUUCGAUUGGGAAUUAGCUGAGGAAGAAAAAGAGAAAAUUCUUCACAUAACUCAGAGGAGACUAGGUAAAGCAGAUGGAUUCAUUGUGCCAAAUGGUCCAAUCAAAUCCGUUGAAGAAUUUUGGGACGGAGACUUAUGACUGUUACUCCACUUUCCCACAAUUUCUCGACUCUGUUAAAUCGGGAAGUUUCAAAAAUACCAAGACUGAUUUUAAUUAUUAUGCCCAAUGUAUUAUGGUCAACAAUUUCCUACACAUUGUAUCUAUUGUAGAACUCCC